GUUUUGCGGCCUCAUUAUAAGUCAUCACCCAUGAAGCAACAGGAGCUGGUUAGCAUAUUUACCCCACUGCAGGAGAAUGUAUGUCCUCAUGGUGAUAAGCUGAAAGCUGAAGACCAUGAGACAGACUCUGCAGGGCGGUCUACCAAGAAGAAAAAGGUUAGUGUGCCCUUUAAAACAUGCCAUCAGAUAAUCCAGGAGAGAGAGGAGGAGCUACAGAAACUGAGACAGGAAGUGGAGUCUCUAAAGGUCAGACAUCAGGGGUGUAUUCAUUAGUCGGAUUCCAUUGCAAAACGUUUUGUAACGAAAAUAAGAAUUUCUAUUGCACAGAGUUAACAUUUAAGUCAUUACAUUUAAGUCAUUUAGCAGACGCUCUUAUCCAGAGCGACUUACAAAUUGGUGCAUUCACCUUAUGACAUCCAGUGGAACAGCCACUUUACAAUAGUGCAUCUAAAUCUUUUAAGGGGGGGGGGGUGAGAAGGAUUACUUAUCCUAUCCUAGGUAUUCCUUAAAGAGGUGGGGUUAAGUUAAGUGUUAAAAAGAGGGGCAAAGUUCUACACAAAUACCUACACAUUGCAGUGCUGCUGCAGGCUCUUUGCAUAUCUUGACAAAUCAGAUUCACGGAAAUCACAGGUUGCGCAUAUCGGGCACAACGCAACAAGCUCAAGUCGCGCUCUCCACUUUGCUCUGGUAUUUAUUUAACAAGCUGAUAACACAUCACUCCCAACAAAAACAAGAAAAAACUCUUACAUACACGUGGCAGCCUAUACACCUAUACAUUUGCGAUCUGACAUGCUAUAUUGCAUGGAAACAAGACUAUUUUUCAGUUUAAUCAACUAAGCUACUUACAUCAGAAGCUGCGUAGUCUAACAUAUUAUGCACCCCCCUCCCCAGUCCUGCUUUUAAAAGAUAAUUUAUAUGAACAAGUUCAGCUUGACAGGGUUUUCAUCUUCCCCAAGGCCAGGAGUUUUUCCAAAAGUUUUUUUUUAACCAUGUGACCUGAUUAGAACAACUCUGGUCCUGUCAGGUGAAUCACGUCAUACUGUAUAAGGUCCGGAGUUUCUUCUCCUUCAAUGAGGAAUCAAGCAAGUACAAUUGAUAUUCAUCCCAUGGCUCCGUUAUUCUCCACCGUUCUCCCAAAGUGUACAGUUGCACACUCCCCGUAAUGGAUUUAACAAUGAUGGAUUUAACUCCCUCCAGCCAAUGCAUUUCAAUUAUAAUCAAGACAGGGAGUAUGCAAGUCCAUACUUUGGGGGAAGUGUGGAGAGUCGGAACAAAGCAGAUGCUUACCAAACUUUCUGAGACAAACACCUUGAAAUGGACGACUCUUUCUCGCUCUCUGUCUUUUGACAGUGCUUAUCUCAGGCUACAGAGGUUCUUCACCAAAUUGAUUGAGACAAGGUGCUCAGAGGUGAGAGAGUGGAUCCAAGCCAAAGAGAAGGAGAUGGUGAGUGAGGCUGAGGGACUCAUACAGACACUCGAGAAGGAGCUUGAUGAGCUGAAGAUGACUGAAACAGAGGCUAGGCAGCUUCCACACAUAGAGGACGUCCCCCAUUUCUUCCAGGACAAUGACCCAACACACCACCAGGCUGUGUAAGGGCUAUUUGACCAAAAAGGAGAGUGAUGGAGUGCUGCAUCAGAUGACCUGGCCUCCACAAACACCUGACCUCAACCCAAUUGAGAUGGUUUGAGUUAGACCUCGGUGUGAAGGAAAAGCAGCCAACAAAUGCUCAACAUAUGUGGGAACUCCUUCAAGACUGUUAGUGAGGGUGGUUGAGGCAAUGCCAAGAGUUUGCAAAGCUGUCAAGGCAAAGGGUGGCUAUUUUGAAGAAUCUCAAAUAUAAAUAUAUUUUGAUUUGUUCAACACUCUUUUGGUUACUACAUGAUUCCAUAUGUGUUAUUUCAUAGUUUUAAUGUCUUCACUAUUAUUCUACAAUGUAGAAAAUAUAACAUUUUGAAGAAUGAGGGGUGAAGUAUGUAUAUGGGUGAAUCUACAGAAGUGGUGCAAAUUACAGUCCCACCCCCCAAAAACGAUAAACAACAAACAACUCUUCAAAAAUGGGACAUUUAUUUACAUAAUGAUGUGUUCUAAUGCAAUUCAAGGCAUUAAAUAACAUAUUGUUAAAUUAAUAUUGUACAAAGUCAUUGUUUAUACACCUGUUCAUAUUAAGGUGGCUGUCCCAAACUGCCCCAGACUCCUAAACUUCAAGUUUGAAAAUAAAGCAAUUCAUGAUUUUUGUAAUAAAAACAUUUUAAAACACUAUCUUAUCUUGGCGUCUGUGACGGCAUGGGCAGCACCAUUGAGGUUAUCUCCAUUUUAAAAGUUGCAUGUCCCAUGCUCUACCAACUGAGCUACAGAGGACCACCAUGUGGACAAGUGCACACUUCAGGAGAACGUUUUUAAAGUAUUGAGAUUCAUAGCCAGCAGGGGGGCUUAAAUCCUCCAAGAUAUCAAACUUUGACAUCUAAUUGGCCAAAACAUAGAUGUCUAUAAUGUUCUGUACUGUAUUCUACAUUACUAUGCUAUACUGUACUCUAUUUUACUCAAGUUUAAAAGUUGACUUGAGGUUCUUACAACUGAAGAAGGGGCCCAUGGACUCUUCAUCUAGUGGUCUUGAGACCACUCAAAACCACACAUUAGGUCUUUAAAGAGCGACUUCCCCUAAAAGCAACUUCUCGUUUUGAAAACGGCCUAUGGUAGCAUCGAUAUGAGCAGUACUGACUGGCUGAGUAGUAGUGCAGCUGGAUAUAUUUCAAAUUUCAACAGACAUGCAUUGCUUUAGUAGCCUGGCAUAACCAUCCUGAUAAUGGCUCUUUUCCAAUUCAAUUAAUUUCUAUAAACUCUGAAUAGAAUAGGAAUGGAGUUAUAGGCCUCCUCAGGCUGGUUAGGCAGGUUAUUGGUUAUUUUCAAAUGUUCACAUCAUAAGGCUAUUUCACAGAAAAACAUGGUCAGUCAGGUGCAUCGCAAGUUCAGAACGUGGACUUCUGGACAGUGACAUGUUAAACUAAAGCACUGAUCAUUGGGAACAAAAUCAGAAUGACUCCUUAGGGAAAGAAGGUUUAAUCCAUAAAUCUAAAUAACAAAGUAGGAAGUCUAGCCUACAAAACCCCAAAAUUCGAAAUGGUAAACUCUAAAGGCCUGACUGGAUUAUUAUUUUAUUUAACUAGGCAAGUCCGUUAAGAACAAAUUCUUAUUUACAAUGACGGCCUACCAGAAGGCAAAAGGCCUCCUACAAGGACGGUGGCUGGGAUUUAAAAAAAAAAAAAAAAAUGUAGGACAAAACCUGGAUAACGCUGGGCCAAUUGUGCGUCCCCCUGUGGGAUUCCUAAUCACGGCCGGAUGUGAUGCAGCCUGGAUUCGAAUCAGGGACUGUAGUGAUGCCUCUUGCACUGAGAUGCAGUGCCUUAGACCCAGUACUGUACCGCCUUGUUCAUAGAUUUAUCUAAAGCUUUUGACACUGUAGACCAUGCAAUACUUUUGGGUAAGCUGUCGUCAAUAGGACUGGGACUGGAUGCCUGUCGUUUGUUUCAUGACUAUCUAAAGGAUAGAAGUCCGGCUGUUAGAGUCGACGACAUCCAGUCAGAGCCGUUGGAGUUGGUUAAAGGGGUCCCACAAGGUUCUAUACUUGGUCCAUUACUGUCCACUCUUUACAUAAACAAUAUUGGUGAUGAGGUAAGAAAGUGUCAAAUUCAUUUAUAUGCUGAUGACACUGUCAUGUACUCUAUCGCUUCAAUGGCUGACCAAGCAUUGUCACUAUUGGAGACAGAUUUUAAGAUAUUACAAGGGUAUUUUAUACAGCUGAAACUUGUUUUAAAUGCAAAGAAAACACAUUUUAUGAUUUUUAAUAGGUUCAAAAAGUUGGUUGAAAAUACACUUGCACUUACGAGCUUAGAUGGUUCUCAAAUUAAUCAGGUCUCUGCAUAUAAAUCCUUAGGGACAUGUUUGGAUGAUGAUGUAAACGGCUAAAAAUCAAGCUGGGCUUCCUCUAUAGAAACAGGACAUGCUUGUCCUCUACAAAUAGAAGACAAAUUGUGCAAGCUACUUUUAUGUCUGUUAUAGAUUAUGGGGAUAUUAUUUACAUGCAUGCUACGGCAUCAACACUUAAAUCGCUGGAUGCUACUUAUCAUUGCGCACUUAGGUUUAUUACGGGUGCUAGCUACAGAACUCACCACUGUGUUUUAUAUCAUAAUGUGGGUUGGACUUCGUAGUCGUGAGACGAGAACAACAUGCUCUCGUGUUUGUCUAUAAAGCACUUCUGAAUAAGCGACCUUCUUAUUUAUCAUCACUCAUCAAUAUUAGAAUUAGAAUUCCUAAAACCAGGUCUCAAGCAUGGAUUACACUUGAGGCCCAUGCGAUUUCCACAGAGUUGGGUAUGGCUGCCUUUUCCUGUUACGCUCCUUGCCUAUGGAAUAGCCUGCAGACUAAACGUAAACUUGAGACUCUUGUCCCCCUUGCUCAUUUUAAAUAUUUAUUGGAGCAUUUUUAUUUUUGUAUGGCUUUCAGGUAAUGCAAGUUCUUGUGCUGUUAGUAGAGCAACCUAUGUGUAAAUGAAAUAUGUUGCUGUACUUUUUCUUUUUUUUUGGUGUUGUCUGUGAUCGUUUUGUUUGUCUUUAGUUUUUCUAAUCAUUGCACCUAAACUGUAUGUGUAAACAUGUAUACGCAGGGCCCAGCUGUAAAAGAGACCUCAGUCUCAGUCUGUGUUCCUUGUUGAAAUAAAGGUAUAGUAAUAGACCGCUGCGCCACUAGGGAGCCCUGAGCCCUUCACUUUUUACACAUUUUGUUAUGUUAAAGCCUUGUUCUAAAAUGUAUUAAAUUGUUUUUUUCCCCUCAUCAAUCUACACACAAUACCCCAUAAUGACAAAGCAAAAUGUAUAAAAUGUUUUUUAUGCAAAUGUAAAAAAAGAAACGGAACUAUCACAUUUACAUAAGUAUUCAGACUCUUUACUCAGUACUUUGUUGAAGCACCUUUGGCAGCGAAUACAGCCUUGAGUCUCCUCAAAGCUUCUCAAACCUUGGCACACUGUUACGCUCAUCGAUGGAAAGAUCGGACCAAGGUUCAGCGUGGUAGGCGCACAUUUCAAUUUAUUAAAUGAACACUGAAUAAACAACAAAUACAAAAUGAAACGUAACGUCUAGUAGGGCUAAACAGCACAGUACCAAAAACAAGAUCCCACCAACUACAGGUGGAAAAAGGCUGCCUAAGUAUGAUCCCCAAUCAGAGACAACGAUAGACAGCUGCCUCUGAUUGGGAACCAUACCCGGCCAACAAAGAAAUAGAAAACAGAUUGCCCACCCUAGUCACACCCUGACCUAACCACAUAGAGAAUUAAAAGGAUCUCUAAGGUCAAGGCGUGACACACACCUGUACUGGAGUUUCUCCCAUUCUUCUCUGCAGAUCCUCUGAAGCUCUGUCAGGUUGAGGAGCGUCGCUGCACAGCUAUUUUCAGGUCUCCAGAGAUGUUCGUUUGGGUUCAAGUCCGGGCUGGCCCACUCAAGGACAUUCAGAAAAUUGUCCCAAAGCCACUCCUGCGUUGUCUUGGCUAUGUGCUUAGGGUGGCAGGGUAGCCUAGUGGUUAGAGCGUUGGACAAAUAAGCGAAAGGUUGAAAGUUUCAAUCCCCGAGCUGACAAAGGUACACAUCUGUCGUUCUGCCCCUGAACAGGCAGUUAACCCACUGUUCCUAGGCCAUCAUUGAAAAUAAGAAUUUGUUCUUAACUGACUUGCCUAGUAAAAUAAAGGUAAAAUAAAAAAAUAAAAAAUAAAUGGUUCUGCUGGAAGGUGAACCCAGUCUGAGGUCCUGAGCGCUCUGGGGCAUGUUUUCAUCAAGGAUCUCUGUGUACUUUGCUCCGUUCAUCUUUCCCUCAUUCCUGACUAUUCUCCCAGUCCCUGCUGCUGAACAACAUCCCCACAGCAUGAUGCUGUCACCUCUAUGCUUCACCGUAGGGAUGGUUCCAGGUUUCCUCCAGAAAGGCAUUCGGGCCAAAGAGUUCAAUGUUGAUUUCAUCAUCCUUUAGGUGCCUUUUGGCAAACUCCAAGCGGGCAGUCAUAUUUUUUUUUACUGAGGAGUGUCUUUCGUGUAGCCACUACCAUAAAGGCCUGAUUGGUGGAGUGCUGCAGAGAUGGUUGUACUUCUUGAAGAUUCCUCCACAGGGGAACUCUGGAGCUCUUUCAGAGUGACCAUCGGGUUCUUGAUCACCUCCCUGACAAAUUAUCUUCUCUCCCGAUUGCUCAGUUUGGCCCGGUGGCCAGCUCUAAGAAGAUUAUUGGUGGUUCCAAACUUAUUUCAUUUAAGAAUGAUGGAGGCCACUGUGUUAUUGGGGACCUUCAAUGGUGCAGAAAUGUUUUGGUAUCCUGCUCCAGAUCCGUGCCUUGACACAAUCCUGUUUCGGAGCUCUACGGACAAUUCCUUCGGCCUUAUGGCUUGGUUUUUGCUCUGACAUGCACUGUCAAUUUUGGGAGCUUAUAUAUAUUCAGGUGUGUGUCUUUCCAAAUCAUGUCCAAUCAAUUGAAUUUACCACAAGUGGACUCCAAUCAAGUUAUUGAAAAGAAUGCUCAAUGGAAACAUGAUGCACCCGAGCUCAAUUUCAAGUCUCAUAGCAAAGGGUCUGAAUACUUAUGUUUUCGCUUUGUCAUUAUGGGGUAUUGUGUGUAGAUUGAUGAGGAUUUUUUUGAAGUGAAGUGAAGAUUUAAUCCAUUUUUAACCCCACUUUGUAACACACACAAUCAGAGACAAUGAUGAUGGGCUCUUAGGUUUCACUGUAACUAUUUAUAUGGACACCUUGUGUUUUACCAUUUCAUCAGUGUAUUUACUUGUGGUCACCUUGUGUUUUACCAUUUCAUCAGUGUAUUUACUUGUGAACACCUUGUGUUUUACCAUUUCAUCAGUGUAUUUACUGUCUUUCUGAAUUGGAUUUGUACGGUUUCUGAUUUACUGAAUGUUUAUUUGUCUGUCUGUAGAAAUUGCCCAGCAUCACUGAGGCUUUUGGAAAAGUGAAGAGGAUAUAUGCCACUAAAAUCCAAAAGCUAUUUGAAAAUACCUCCAAGAGACAAUUUAAGAUGUUUUAUGAAAUAGUUGAAGAAAUGCUGGAACCAUACACCAUCACUUCUAUUGACAGACAGGAGGUGGAAGAAAAGGACCUGGAGGACUUUGUGGACCUAGAUACAGUGAAGACAGAGGAAAUAUAUGCACAAAUGGAUGACAUCCUGGACAGGCUGACUCCUAGGAACUUCCAUCAGUCGAUGAAGGUAGUGAGUGCAUUUACCAUUGACACAGAGGACAAACUCAAGGGCUUUAUUGACCGCAUAUAUAAGAAUGCCAUUGAAUACCCUACCUACGCUGAUGUCUACGCCAAGGUGUGCCACCAUCACCAACUCAUGGGGUUGAAAGUACCCGGAGUGACAUUACCUUUCCGCAAGCUGCUGCUGAACCGAUGCCAGAAGGGCUUUGAGAAAGACAAUAGUAAGAUCUUAAAGGAAAUGCAGAGAGAACUGGACGCGAUCACUGAGAAGGAGGACCGACAGCGACUGAGGGAGGGGCUGGAGGAGACGAAGGCAGAGGGGCAGCGGGAGUUGCUUUGCAACAUCAAGUUCAUGUGCGAGUUGUUCAAGCUAAAGAUGAUUAUGGAGACCGUCAUGCACAACUGCAUUGUAAAGCUACUAAAGAAUGGUGAUGAUGGUUCACUGGAGGUCCUGUGCACAUUACUCUUCACCAUCGGCAAGGACUUAGAGGAGGAUUCUCAGGAGGCUGAGCCCAGAAUGGAUCAGCACUACAAGCAGAUUGUGGUGAUCAUUAAGAAAAAGAGGACGUCCCCCAGAAUCCGCUACAUGCUGUGUGAUGCGAUGGACCUCAGAGAGCUAUGACACGUAUUAAUGUCAAUUGAGCUUCAACUGCUAUUUGUCUUUGGUUGUCUGUAUGUCUCCCAUAUCCUUUCAUCUUAUAUGGCUGAUAUUAGAUUGUCAUUUUUGUUAAAAGUCUGAUGUUUUACACUCUGUUCUCUUUCUCUAGCUCAAUUUGGAGAAAAGUAAAGACAAUUGAAGCCAAGAACCAGAUGUUUUCUAUGAGGUCUAAUGAUGUCCCGUGUAGGUUAGUUGGUAGAGCAUGGCGCUUGCAACGCCAAGGUUGUGGGUUCAAUUCCCAAGAGGGACCAGUAUGAAAAUGUAUGGAAUCAAGACUGUAUGAUGUCCUGGAUAGGAGCGUCUGCUUGAUGACUUAAAUGUAAAUGUUUAAACACACACUGAUCACAUUGGAAAAUUAAAUUGAAAUAUUGAUGGUUCAUAAUAAUUUAAUCAUAAGAUGUACAGUAUGUCCUACAAUAAAUCUAUUUUUUCCCC